CUUUCAUUUCUCGCUCAGAUUUGGGUAAUAGAAAUUCCAAACCCCAACACGCUUCAUUUUCUCUCUCGUUAUCUUUCUCUAUAGGUCCAGAAAUCGUGUCUCCAACGGAAGCGCGUCAGUUUUCCAAACGGCGCGCAGAAUUCUUACCUGCGCGUGAUAGUACGUGUUCUUUCUAUUCAUAAUUUCAUAUCCUGUAUAAUCCGCAUUGAGAAUUUCAUACCGGAGAUGCACCGGAAUCUCACCGGACGGCGUUGAUUUUGCGGUUUUAUGGCAUCCGCUGUCUUAGCCAACCGGAACGAACCAAACUGGUCGCAGCAUAGUGGCGGUGGAGCAGGAUUCAUGAGUAAAGUUCCUUAUGCUAACCCUAACCCUAAAUUUGGUAACAAUAAUAAGAGGAAUCAAUCUCCUUCAGAUGAUGCUUCUUCAAUCAACCGGCGAUCCAAUGAUGUGGUUGUUAAUCAAUCACAAUACGUGACGUUCAACAUCCCAUCGUACUCAAAGACGGAGCUCAUGCAGCUCAAAAAUCGUCUCGUAUCGGAGCUAGAACAAAUUCGUCAGCUCAAGAUUCGAAUUGAAUCGGGCGAUUUUAAACCCAGGUCAAGCAAAAACGGUGGUGGUCCAACCAAAAAAUCAGCGAGCAAGAAAGUCUCCGGCAACAAACGACCUUUUCCGGCGGAGAGGGAGUUGCAGAGAUCGCAGUCUGAGAUUGGGGACGCGAUGAAGGCUUGUGGUGUGGUUUUGAAUAAGCUGAUGAAAAACAAAAUUGCUUGGAUCUUUAACACUCCUGUAAAUGUAACAGCGUUGGGUCUUCACGAUUACUACGAUAUAAUUAAGAAUCCUAUGGAUCUGGGUAGUGUGAAGGAAAAACUCGCCAAAAAUGCUUAUUCUACGCCAGCUGAUUUUGCUUAUGAUGUGCGGCUAACGUUCAACAAUGCUUUGACAUACAAUCCCGUUGGCCAUGAAGUUAACAUUGCGGCGAGGCAGUUUCUUUCCAAGUUUGAGGAGCUUUAUCGCCCUAUACACGAGAAAUUCGAUGAAGGUGAACGUGGCUUUGACGAUGAAGUGCAGGCCGCCAGUUCAUGGAACCAUGUUGAACCGGAGAGGGAGAGGGUCCCGGAGAGAGUCCCAGAGAGGGAGAGAGUCCCAGAGAGGGAGAGAGUCAAGAAGAAAGAUAAUCAUCCGAUUUCAAUCCCUCCUCCAGUAGCUAAACGGCUAGAGCCACUACCUGAGCCUGUUAGUACUUCUAACCAGCCAAGCACUUCAAAUCCACCAUUGGCACAGUCACAGUCGCCUGUACGCACACCUUCCCCAAUGCGGGCACCUCCGGUGAAGCACUUGAAGCAACCCAAGCCAAAGGCGAGGGAUCCAAAUAAGAGGGAAAUGAAUCUUGAGGAAAAGCACAAGUUGGGACUUGGGUUGCAGAUUUUGCCUCCAGAGAAAAUGGAACAAGUGGUGCAGAUCAUAAGGAAGAGAAAUGGGCAUUUGGAGCAAGAUGGGGAUGAGAUUGAGCUUGAUAUGGAAGCUGUUGACACAGAGACUCUAUGGGAACUUGAUCGUUUGGUUACUAAUUGGAAAAAGAUGGUGAGCAAGAUUAAGCGGCAAGCACUAAUGGAUAAUAAUAAUGUGCCUUCAAACAAAGGCAAUGGGGAAUUACCCGAUAGAGAGAAGGUUGAUGCAACCCCUCCAUCUGAUGGGAAGAAACAGAAGAAGAUUGAAACUGUUGACGAGGAUGUUGACAUUGGUGAUGAUAUGCCGGUGAACAAUUUCCCCCCUGUGGAGAUUGAGAAAGAUAAAGAAAUGGGUGGUACUGGUGACCAUGCUAGUAGUUCUGGUAGCUCCAGUAGUUCUGGUAGUGAUUCCUCAUCAAGUGGCUCGGAUUCUGGGAGUUCUUCGGGUAGCGAUUCUGAAGCAGACAAUGGACACUUGUAGUAGGGCAGGGGGUGUUUUGGAUCUAAUGGUCAUCUAGACCAAUGCCGGUGAACGGAUUAAGAAAUGUUUGUUUCGCCAGCAUAUCAUCGUAAUCCAAGCCGGCAGUGUUUGAGUGUGUGGGAUAGGGAGUAAUGGACACUAAUUAUUGGUUUUCAAUGUGAGAGUGGCUUGAUUGAGACUACAAGCACCUGCUGACAUUGGUGAAUGGUGGUGUAUAAAGGGUUUGGACAGUAAUCAAAAGCAGAUGUAAGACCAGAAAGUAGCAAGUAGUACGUGGUAGAAAUUUAUCUAGUAGAAUAGAGCCUUAUAAAAGGUGUUAUUCGACCUUAAAAAUAGAUGCUUAAGAAAGGUUAGGAAGAUAAUAGAUAGAAUUAGUGCUUUUAUGUGAUUACCUUUUAGUUGUCCACAUUACAGUAGUAGAUGAAUCACACCCUCCUUGACUUUGGAAUUGGAAUUUUUGUGGAUCUGCAAUUCAUUUUGUUGGGAUCGUUAAUUUUGAUGAAAGCCAUAUUUUUCAUGUUGUAUCUAUCUAGGAAAAUGCAAGCAAAAGUGAAAGAAAAAAAAACACAGCAUCCUCAUGAAAUGAAAGGAUUAUUUACAUAAUGAAAAUGUGAGUUGAUAUGUA